GGUGGAUAUGUACACACCAGUCAAACGUAAGGACUUGUUUAAUGGUUCUUGGUUUGAAGUCGCCAUGCUUUUGGAGGCCGAGAUAUCUCACGGAGUUCUUCUACAAGGUAGUGCUGUUGGUUUGGCGGACGAACUGGAGAGAAUGAUCAUAGCGCAGGACGUACAAACGAGUUAUUUACAGGAAGAAAAUGACAACCAGGAAGAAGAAGAGGAAGACGUAGAGGAAGAGCCCGUGACCUUCUUUGAGCCCAGCAGUCCGUAUUAUCUUGCCACUAUGUACGCCACUUUAGCUGGCCUAGCUGUGUUGCUGUGCUGUGGGAUUUUGUAUCAGGCCUUAUAUUACAAAAACCUCUCUGGAACUAACAGUAAGUUGAGGGGACUUCAGCACAACCGAGGUUGUAACACUUCUUUAGGUUUCUACCCUCUAAAGAGGCUUGUUAUAGAUUUGAUAUUUGUAAAUUUAUUUUAAUUUCUUGUCUGACAAAAUUAGAAUAAACUAAAUUGAACUGCUUACAGCAGAAGCCUUUGCGAAUGAGAGAGGUCGCUGUCCUCUAGACGGACCGUACUGUAGUCGUAAAGGGGCAUUUGUUGUGCAACACAAAACAACCUCAUAGCGAGAGAGUGUUUUAUUAUCAUCUUGACCAAAUCAACAAAAACCGAAACUAUGGUACUGGGGUAAAAUCCUCUCUCCUGACCCCAUUCAAUCCCAACAUUCCUUUUUCGUACAUUCUUCGUACAUUCUGAAUUACUGCAACUCAGUAAUUUAUGUUGAGAUAGCUUUUGAUGACGUUUUACAAACGCUGUGCGCACCCUUACUUAAGCUAUCGACAAGUUCCCGAAGUAUCAAAACACAUUCACCCAGACGUUUUCGUCUGGCCUCGACCGUGCAUCGAUUCAUACACUUUGCUUACUCACUUACCGUGCUACCCAAAGCAAAUUCGAUCCUUGCCGCGGUCGGCCACUGUAUAAAACAUGCCUUGCAUGCUCUUUGAGAUAUAAUCAUGAAAUGUAGCAUUUUGCUUUUUAACUCUAGUCCAAGGGACAUUAUUUUCCUACUAACUUCUUUACAGGAAUCAAUCCUGACGCAGUCGCCCCUAAAAGCACAAUCACUAGAGCCAAUAUGGAGCCAGCCGUGGAGGAAUUUUACAAGUCCUUUAGUUCAACAUACCAAGAGUUGCGGAGAAAGAGCAAGGCUGAAUUAAAACAGCUAGCAAAAUUGAAGCGACAAGGAGGCAGAGGCUUGAUGUUUAACAACGGAUUCUUUGAAUCUCAAGCAUAACUUUAUGUCCAAAUGCCAACAUAAACAUUCUCCAUUUCGUUUGGCGACUUUGGCAGUAGUUUGAAGAAUAUUGAUAAAUAUCUGAACUGAUAACUGAACUCCUUUGAGGGGCCUGACAGUGUAACCACUAGCUCCAGAAAACUCUGCGCAAAUUGAUGAAUGAAAUUGUACGUUAACCAUAGAUUUCUAACAAGUUGUUGAUCUAAGAGAGCUGCAAACUACAGAAUCAGUAGGGUUGGGGUCAUUUUGUAGUUUGAAUACGUAUGGGUUAUUGACCAAGUGUGAGGUCAAGAUGGCUAGAUA